CUUGCGGACUGUCGAAUGAGGACGCGGUUUGCUGGGAGGUGCAGCGGCGGAGCGGAGACCGCGGACACCAUGUCGUGGUGCGGAGGGGUCGGGGCAACGCUGCGGCGGGGGGUGCGACUCCUGCAGCGGGGCGGCGUCGGGGCGCUUCCGAUCAGAAGAGCUGGUGGUGGGGUCCACAUCGAGCCUCGAUAUCGGCAGUAUCCGGAGCUGACCAAGAAUCAAGUGUUACAGGCUGAGUUUCUCAGUGGUUUCAUGUGGUUCUGGAUUUUAUGGCAUCUGUGGCAUGAUCCUGAUGCAGUCAUUGGUCAUUUCCCUUAUCCUGACCCCUCCAAAUGGACUGAUGAGGAGUUGGGCAUUCCUCCAAUUGAUGAGGAAUAACUUGAACAUGCUGUUUUGAAAAGUGUUUCCUUCAUGGCAUUUCUGGAGAAAUUCACCUAACGCUUGGAGAAAUCACCUUAUUGUAAAUUAAAUUUGGAAUAAAUAUAUUACCUGUACAGUG